AUGGCUCGCUCAAUCAUCUUUGUCUCUGCUCUUCUCGCUAUGGUUGCCUAUGUUGCUGCUGCUCCUCACGGUAGUAGCUCUGAAGAAAAUAACGUUCAAAUCAAGAAGAAUGGUGCCCACGUUAUAGAUAUUCCUGAUCUCGAAAUUGUAGAUGUUAUCAACAACAUUCCUAUCAUUGCUGAAGCUAAUGAUAAGCAUUUUGUAAAAGGUGACCCAGUCACAAUUGUAAAAGGUGACCUUUUACAAUCGAAAAUUGAAAAUUGGAAGUUUUAAAAAAUUUUUAUACCAAAUGAAAGAGAAAAAUUUGCUCAUUUCGAAUAUGUUAAAAUUUUUUUAUUUGGUUAAGAAUUGAUAGAGAUAUUAGCAUUUAAAGAUUUGUUUAAUGGUUAAAAAAUAUAACAAUUUUUUGGGUAUAGUCUUUUUUACUAGAAAAUAAAUUUAGAAUCCCGAUUUUUUUUUACUUCAAAUUUUAUUGGACAAAAA